AUGUCAAUCAGCUCUUCUUGUUCCCGUGCGGCAUCAUGUCACAAUAAAUCUCCUUCCUCCAAUCCAAAGCUGCUCACCACCGCCAUUAGCCAGUGCGGCAAGAUCAUCCAAUGGAGGAAAGCACUCGUUCUACUGUUUCAGCAGCAACAGUCCAAUGUCAUAGCCUACAGCUCUGCCAUCAAUGCUUGUGCAAAAGCUGCCGAGUGGCAGUGGUCUUUGUGUCUGCUGGAGGACCUUACAGACAGGCGUGCACACGCCAACGAGGUCACUUGCAAUUCCGCGAUCGCUGCUUGCGCACAAGCUAAUGAGCUGAAACGCAUGCAAUGCCUGUUCAAUGAAUAUGAGCAAAGAGGGCUGCGACGGAAUGUGAUCACGCAUAGCUCCGUAAUCGGUGCAUACAAAGCAGUGGGAGACUGGCAGCUUGCUCUGACGUUGCAGCAUGACAUGGAGCAGCUGUUCGUCCGAGCAAACAUCGUCACGUACAAUGCAGCCAUUAGCACCACCGAGCCAGGGGGCCACUGGCAAGUUGCUAUGAUCGCACUACAGGUAAUUGAGGCUUGCCAAGUGCAAGCAUCUGCAGUAACCUUGACAUCAACAAUCUCCGCUUGUAGGGGAGAUGGAAAGUGGCAACUACCACUGGCCUUACUUUCCGACCAUCCUGGCCGAGACAUGCAAGCUUCAACCAUUGCUUGCAACGCGGCUAUCAGCACUUGCGCACGCGGUGCCAACUGGCGAGAUGCUGUGUACCUCCUGCAGGGACUGCCCGUCCAGCACGUCCGUGCCGAUGUCAUCACCUUCAAUGCCGUUGCCACUGUCCUGUCAUCUGCCCAUCAUUGGAAAAGAGCGGAGCAGCUCUUGGGGGAGCUGUGGCAGCUGGCCGGAGCGAACCUUGUUACAUACAACACAGUCCUGAGCGCUUACGAAACUGCAGGAGGCUGGGCUCGGGCUCAGCGUUUUCUAAGGGAUCUGGAUGCAAGGAAGCUGGAAGCAAGUACGGUUUCCUAUAACACGGCCAUUAGCGUCUGUGCUUGGGACGGAGACUGGAAGCAGGCGAUGCUCUUGCUGCAGCAAGUCGCAGUGCAGUGGCUUCAGCCGGAUAUGAUCUCUGCUACCUCGGCUGUUAGCGCCUGUGAACAGGCCGAGGCCUGGACAAAUGCUCUGGAACUCCUCACUCGCCUGCACGAGGAGCGUCUCGAAGCCAACACGGUUGCCUAUGCCGCCGCCAUCAGUGCCUGUCAGCGUGCAGGCCAUGCAGCACAGGUCAAACAACUUUUCAAGGAGAUGAGGAAGCAAGCCGUGCCGGCUAAC